AGUGCGACGGGUCGAUAGCGGGAAGGCAUAAAAGGAAGAAAGAAGAGGAGAGUGGUCGCCUCUUCUCGUUUCUUUCGAUCAAGCUGUAGAAUUCGGAGAGGAGGGGGAGGGAUGAUUCUGGAGGCGAAAGAGGAUGAUGAGAUUAAGGAGAUGAUAGUGUUGAAAUCGGGAGGAAGAAACGAUCGUGAUGGAAUUUCGCGCUUUCCCGGCGGGGACUUCAACGACGGUGGUAAAGCGUUGUUGCUCCCACCGUCCAAUUUUGCAAUGGUGGACAACGGUAUAUACCGUUCUGGAUUUCCUGGCACAAUGAACAUUGGAUUCCUUGAGACGCUGAACCUGCGAUCCGUCGUUUAUUUGUGCCCGGAGCCUUACCCGGAUGACAUGGCGGCAUAUAUGAAUUCGGUUGGGAUUCGGAUCUUUCAGUUUGGAAUUGACGGUAGCAAGAGGCCUUUGGUGACCAUACCGAAUGGUUCCAUCAUGGGAGCGCUGAGAGUUUUGCUUGAUAUAAGGAACCAUCCUGUCCUCGUUCACUGCAAGCGUGGAAAGCACCGGACGGGUAGCCUUAUCGGCUGUUUCAGGAAACUACAAAACUGGUGCUUGACUGCAGUGUUUGAAGAGUACGUGCGAUUUGCAGGCACGAAAGCUCGUAUUUCGGACCUUAGCUUCAUCGAGUCUUUCGAUGUAUCGUGCAUGACAGAAUGCGUGCUUGGCAUUAUCUACCGUUACCAUGGCGGAUGCGGUUCUCAGGCUCGUCGCCUCAGUUAUGGGGAUUUAUCUUGACAACCUCUUAUCUUUUAUCUCUACAAGGGGAGAUAAUAAUGAGAGUUGGAUUGCCACUUUUUUGUUGUUGUUUUUGCUCAAUAUUUGACUGAAGAGGCUAAUAUUCAUAUGUUAUCA